AUGCGCGUGUCCCAUCCAAUGCAGCUGCGCUACAAGGUGUCCCUGCUGGACCACGGGCUCAAGGCCAAAGAGUCAGAGGGCGAGCGGCUGCGGGAGCGGCUGGCUGACAAGGUGGCGCGGGAGGAGCGGCGGCUGGCGCACGAUAAGGCGGCUUACGCCAGGCUGCGCCAGGCGCACGCGGCGACGAAGCGCGACGCCGCCGUCGCCGCCGCCGCGGCGGGCGGUGUCGCAGGGCGCGGCGCCGCGGGCGCGGUCGCAGCGGCGGCGCGGGAGCUGCGGCCGGUCGAGAUCGUCGGGAUCUACGAGACUCAGCGGGAGGCGCUGGAGAGGGACCUCUCGGUGCUCAAGCAGGAGGCCAGGGUGCUGGCGGGGCAGCUGCGGGACGCCCAGAACCUGCUUAUUGCGCGGGACCGCGCCGCGCAGGAGGCUGAGCGGCGCGCCGCGGCGGCGGCGGCCGCUGGCGCGGAGCCGGGGGCGGGCGCGGCGGCGCUGCGGGAGCGGCGCAAGGCUGCGGAGCUGCAGCGGGAGCUAAGCAG